AUGGAACUCAUUCAUUUCUCACUCUUCCAAAUCUUACUUCCUCUUCUCCUCUUCUCCUCAGCUUAUACUAUCACUGCUCAACCACCUUACUUCAUCAACUGCGGCUCCACCGCCGCCGCCGCCACCACCACCACCGGCCAAACCUUUGUCGGCGACAAAAACACCGACAAAGUCCGCUUCUCGGGUCACGGAACCAAAGCCGUCAAAGACACCAACCAAUCAGAAUCCUUGUACCAAACAGCAAGAGUUUUCAACAAACCAUCAAGUUAUGACUUUGACAUCACACAAACCGGCACUUAUUUUCUGCGCUUACAUUUCUGUCCCUUCUCUUCUUCACUUUCUGCUGCAAAAUUCAAUGUUUCAGCAUCAGGAAUUAUGCUGUUACCUGAAUUCACCCCUGUUAGGAACAAUGUUACAGAUUGUUCAACCAAUACUAAGGAGUUCAUCCUCACAAUAAGUAAUGUUAAACAGAAGUUCAGAAUCUAUUUCGUGCCAAGUUCAUCGUCAUCUAUAGCUUUCGUUAAUGCGAUAGAAAUCUUCAACACAACUUCAAACAUUACAGAGGGUGUUAGUACUAGUCCUCUUGUAACACCUGCAGGAAGAUUGGGAAAUUACAGGGGUAAAAAAUCAGAAAUUCUGGAAACAUUUUACAGGAUUAAUGUUGGGGGUGAAGAGGUAAAACCAUCAAGUUACAAUCUUUGGAGAAAUUGGAUUCCAGAUGAUGAGUAUCUCAUAAACAAAGGUGAUGCAGAAAAUGCAGCUGAUAGAACCAGUAGUAUUAACUAUGUUCCUGGUGAAGCUACAAGAGAUGAUGCUCCACCGUCAGUUUAUGGGACCGCGAAAAUACUAAAAACUCCUUUAAGUUCUACCUUGAUGAUUCCUAACCUUACUUGGCAAUUCAGUGUGAAGAAAAGAACACGGUACUUUGUUCGGGUUCAUCUUUGUGAUAUUAUAAGUGAUGCAAUUGGAAUUUAUAAUUUUACCUUCUACAUUUACAGUAAUUUUAGUGAGGUGAUUGAUCCGUUAGAUAUUACCGGGAUUGAUAAUCCGUUUUACAAGGAUUAUGUUGUUGAGAGUGGUGAUUUAGGGUUCCUGAACAUUAGUGUAGGACCAAAUAAUGCAUCAGUAAGUAGGACUUAUCUUUUCCUGAAUGGGUUAGAAAUUAUGCAGGUGAAGGAUGAAACUGCUGUUGAGCCUCGAGUUGACAGUGGGUCCCCGUCCCGUCUAGUUCUUGUAAUCAGCUUGGUUGCAUCCAUAGUUGCAGUUAUGGUAGUUUUGGCAGUUGUUUUCUUGCUUCAACAGAAAAGGAAUAGGAAAAAGUCUGCUGAACUGCCUGAAUGGGAGGUUUUGCCAUUAAGUUCUCGCAACAGGAACUCAGAAACUGCAUCUUCCCAUGCCUCAACUUUACAGAAUCUGCAAUUGGGUUUGAAGAUACCCUUUGUUGAAAUUCAACGAUUAACGAACAAUUUCGACCCAGAUUUGAUCAUCGGAGAAGGCGGGUUCGGGAAGGUGUACAAAGGAACACUGAGAAGCGGGGUAAAAGUUGCAGUAAAGAGAGGAAGUUCUGAUCAUGGACAAGGAAUACAAGAAUUCCAAACAGAGAUUAUGAUUUUAUCAACGAUUCGCCACCGUCAUCUUGUUUCCUUGAUGGGUUACUGCUAUGAAAAUGAGGAGAUGAUACUGGUUUAUGAGUUCAUGGAAAAGGGUACCCUAAGAAACCACCUUUAUGAAAACUCAGAAAGCAGUUCAUCUUCUUCCAAAGGGAUGAUGCUGUCAUGGAAACAAAGGGUAGAGAUAUGUAUAGGAGCUGCAAAGGGUAUUCAGUACCUUCACACUGGUACAAGCAAGGGAAUCAUUCAUCGCGAUGUAAAAUCCACGAAUAUAUUGCUUGAUGAAAAUUUUGUGGCUAAAGUUGCAGAUUUCGGGUUAUCGAGAUCGGGAUAUUUGGAAGAAACUCAUGUCAGUAUAUCAGCUGUGAAGGGAACUCUUGGGUAUCUAGAUCCAGAGUAUUUCAUCUGUCUGCAGCUGACGGAAAAAUCUGAUGUUUACUCUUUCGGGGUGCUUCUUCUUGAAGUACUUUGUGCAAGAGCUGUUAUAGAUCAGUCACUUCCGAAGGAGCAAGUCAAUUUAGCUGAUUGGGCAAUGGCGUGCUAUGGAAGGGGACAGCUUCAGACAAUAAUCGAUCCACUGAUCGCAGGUGAAAUCAACCCGAAUUCCUUGAAGAAGUUCUGUGAGACAGCUGAGAGGUGUUUGAAAAAAGAUCCAUCAGAAAGACCUCCAAUGUCAGAUGUAUGUUGGAAUCUGGAAUACACACUGCAGCUUCAGAAAGCGGCUUCUGAAGAAGUGCCGUUAGACGAUACCAUCACUGAUGUUUCCUUGAACAUGCCGUUACCAGCUGUUCGGCGUUUUCCUUCUCAGAGCAUUGCUGAUUACGAAUAUGACGAUAAUGGCUCAUUUAACACUGGUACUCAAGAAGUAUUCUCGCAGCUUGCAUUUGAUGGUGGCAAUGGGAGAUGAUAAUGAUGUUGAUUAAGGUGGGAGAAAAAUUCUCUCAGCAAGUAGUAAUUAACUAAUUAUUACUACUCUAAGUAGAAGUAACUAGCUUAAGUUUCUUUUUCAAGUUAUCUUGCAUGAACAAAUAAUGCUCAAAAUGAAUUCAUUUAUUUUAUUUUUUUGUAUAAUAAAGCUGGCACUUUGGAAAAAAAA